CUUCCAUCCUCCAAAAAGCUAUUUUUCUCUCUCUUUUCUCUCUCCACAUAACCAAGUCAUACUUAAGUAUACAUUCCACAUUUUUCAAUUAAUAUACAGGUAUAGGCCAAAUCGAGUCAUCAAUUAAAAGCAUCAUGAUACAGUGAUAGAAGAGUUAUAUUUAAAUGGAGUUCUGGAGUUAUCUAUUUUAAUCAGUUUUGUUUAUUAAGUGGUAUUUUCAGUGUUUUAACAAUCAGAAAGUUUAGAAGCAUUGUUGUUUUAUCUCUAUCUUUUUAUAUAUUUACAGUUAUUCUCAUUUUCACUUUUCAUUUUUUGUUCAAACUGUUGUUUGUUGUUGAAAUGGAAAUCCCUAUAAUUGAUUUUCAAAAAUGCGGGCUGAUGUAUAAAAAUGACAAUGAAAUUGAGGAAUCUUCAUUUAUUGAAAUUGGGGAAAAGUUAUUUAAAGCAUUUUCAACAUCAGGAUUUGCGUACAUUACAAAUCAUGGCAUACCAGAUCAAGUUAUCAAUGAAGCGAAUAAAGUGUCUGAUGAUUUUUUUGCAACUUCACUAGAAUACAAAAUGAAAUUUUGUUCCAAAAGCACCGGAGUAUGUUACGAUCCAAUUGAAAGUGUAAAUACAAACUUAGAACGGCCUGCAGAUUUUGUGGAAGGCCUUCGAUUACCGUCCUCAUCAGAGUUUAAUGAGUGGCCUGACAUUGAAAAUCUAAAUCAUACAGUCGAUACAAUGCAAAAAUUAUGCAAAACUUUGACUCUGAGGAUUUUCAAAGCUCUUGGUAGAGGGAUGAAGCUCAAGAAUAAAGAUUUAUUUUUCGAAUCUCAUAACUUGAUUGGUAAAAAAGGAAAUCAAACUCUUCUGAAGCUUUUACACUAUCCACCACUCGUUGGUGCUGUGUUGAAGAAAAACCAAUUACGUUGUGGAGAGCAUGCCGAUAUAGGCUCACUGACGAUUCUAUUUCAAGAUGAUUUGGGGGGGCUUCAAGUCCAAACCCCAGGUGGUGAAUUUAUUGAUGCUCAUCCCAUCCCAGGGACAGCUCUUCUUAAUAUUGGUGACAUGUUACAGUUUUGGUGCGGAAAAAGAUUGAAGUCGACCGUUCAUCGAGUCAUUUUACCGACUGAACCGAGUAUAAAAUCACAAGUUCGAAGAUGUCUUGCAUAUUUUGGUUUUGUUGAUGAUGACGUCUUGUUAUCUGAAUUAGAAUUUGAAGAUUCAGUUUCAAAUACAAAUAUAAAGACUGAAAAAAGAAUGACUUCAUAUGAAUAUUGGAAUGAACGAUUCGCAGCACAUUUUUUUAAAGAAAAGUGAUGUUUUCGGAUUUUAAAAUGUUUGUGUAUAUAUUAUGAUUUUAUGAAACACAAUCUGAGUUGAUUUUUAACAGGGUUUAGUUUAUAAUCCAAUGCCGAUUUUUCUUUAAAUAGGAGUUAAAAUCGUUACUCACGAAGUAUGUGAACCAAGAUGACGGACACCGGAACGUAGUGUGUGUACCCGGUUAGGCCCCAAUUUUAUUCCAAUUUUCCUUAUUUUAGUUCCAUUACGAGUUCGAGGACUAGCCAAGUGACUUUUGUAGUGUUUGUACCUGAAUUAUGGCCUAACCUGGUACACAUACUAGGUUCCGGUGUCUGCCAUCUUGGUUCACAUACUUUGGGAGUACAGGUACCUUUUUUUCUCAUUCAUUAUGAUGGCAAGAUGGUUUACAAUCUCAAAAACUUAUUUACUCAUUUGAGGGCAAGUUGUUAAAUUAAAAAAUAUUACAAUAGAUAUAACUAAUUUUGUAUAUUGUCUAUUUAUUUAAGAUAUGGCACCAAUAGUCAGUGUUGAUUUAUUGAUAAGGCUUAUAAAGGAAUAUCACAUGUAAAUAAUCGAAGUGUCUACGAAUUUUAUAGAUUAAAAACAAUGUUAAAAAAAAGUAUUAUUGAUUUCCUACAUUUCGCUUUUUACUUCUAUUUUCUGCGUACUUCUAUUUUGCUCCUAAGCUGCGAUUAAGGAUCUCAUAAUUUAAACGAGCUUCGUAGGAUGGGCCUAUGGCUUUAUUUUAAGUAAUGCUGACCUGUGCAUUUAUCUCUGUUGCGCAACUCUGAUAAAUCUUGUUUAUAUGACAAUCAUAGUACUGAUCAAAUGAUGUUGCAGUCCUGACAAGUGUCCCUAAGCCUAAUGCAGUCGAUACAUUUUUAAUUGUGCAAUUUCAUUUUAUUCAUCAUUGUUUUAUCUAUUUUAGAA